CACGUGAUUCAAAUCCAUAAGGUUAUUGCAAAAAAUAAAAAGGUCCGAUACUUUUCUAACAGACCUCGUAUUCCAGUGGCUGAUCAUCACGAGGCAGAGGGUCUGCUUUGGGCAGGUUCAGUUGACCUGCCACAAUUGUUGCCUUAAAAGGGCUCUCGUUAAACACACCAUCACCAGAACCAGUCUGUCCAAUGUCGACAUACAUGAAUUUGUGGUGAGCAUCUACAAUUACAAGUAGUACAAUGGAGAAGAAACCUUUGUAAUUGUAGAAUAAGAUGCCAGUCUUUGCAGGAAUAAACACACUUAUGGUUGUGUGAGCAACUCGAAAUCCAUACUGAAGUGACUUGUAGCUGUUUCCAGCUUCAAACCAGGUUCCAGAGCCUUCCUGUAGUUGGUACCUUGUUUGGUAAUCGUCGGUGCAAUUCCUGUCAAAAGUUCAUGAAAAGCUGCUGGCUCCAUCGGCAUGAAAUUGGUAAAUGUGUUUGCUCAUGGUACACUGUGUCCCAGACAGGAAGUGCCAAAUUUUGAGUCCACACUUUAAAAAAAAAGUCCUUCAGAGAGCGAAAUUAAGAGGUUAUACAGGUCGUAUACAGAACAGAGGAUGAGUAAUUUAGUUACUCCUGAGUUGUCCUGAGUCUGGACAUAAGUGUCAUAACUGUCAUGCACAUGCCAUAAAAAGUGUCAUGGACAUGCCAUAAAGAUUAUAACAGUGAUUACAGAUUGAUGGGGGGAGGUGCAGGGCAAACAACUAAAACUCUUCAAUGUGCACCACAAAACACAAAGUUCUCAUGAAGAAUAAAAGGAGGCAGGACACUCCUGUCCCCUCCGCCUCCUCCACUUCCACGCCCGUCUCAGGGACUAUAAAGAUCACAUCUACAGUGUAUAUUUUCAGCUGUUUCACGGCCCUCCUCACAGCUACAGCCCGUCUCCUGAGGGACAUUUAAGCCUGAUCAUGAGCAAGAACUACCUAUCCAAAAAUGAUGAGCUCCGCAAGGGAGACUACCUGCUUUCCAACAACGGGCAGUGGAAAGCCAUCUUCCAGGAUGAUGGUAACUUUGUCAUCUAUGGCUGGAAGCCGACGUGGGCUUCAGGCACAUAUGGAGCAGACGUGGUUCGCCUGUGCAUGCAGAGUGACUGCAACCUGGUUAUGUACAAUGCAAAAGGUGAACCCAAAUGGGCAACAAACACUUACAGGCCCACAGAAGCCGUAAUGUGCCGUCUUCAUCUAACUGAUGAUGGCAAAUUGGUGGUGUGCAGAGAAGCCGAUGAAAUUUGGACGUCCAAAUGAGGCUACAUAUGAUGUCAUCAAAUCAAAGCUUCUGUUAUAGAGUGAUGCACCUGGUCCAUUUGUUAACUGAACUCAAAUAAAAUCAAUAUAUCACAAUUCAUGA